CCCCCUGACAUUUUCUUUCUCUCACAAAGAAAACCAAAUCACUAAACCGGAAAAAAUGGCUGGAGGUCUCGGGAAAUGCAGCAAGAUCCGUCACAUUGUGAGGCUAAGGCAAAUGCUUCGACGGUGGCGCGAUCAAGCGAGGAUGUCUUCUUCUUUCAGCCGUUGUGUACCGUCGGAUGUACCGUCAGGACACGUGGCGGUCUACGUAGGAAGCAGUUGUAGGAGAUUUGUGGUGCGCGCGACGUAUCUGAACCAUCCUGUCCUAAGGAACCUUCUUGUUCAAGCUGAGGAAGAGUUUGGUUUCGUUAACCAAGGUCCGUUGGUUAUCCCUUGUGAAGAAUCGGUUUUCGAGGAAUCGAUUCGGUUUAUAUCCCGGUCUGAUUCGACCCGGUCAAGACGGUUUACUUGUCCCGAUGAUUUUCAGAAGAAUUGCCACGUGGUGGGAAUCAGAAGCAAGCUUGAUCUAUGGAUCGAAUCUCGACCGUUACUUCACGGCGUUACUGAAAAAGCCGUUUGGUGAUGUCACUUGACGGCGUUCGUACGUAUAGAGUAAAUAGACAAUAAAAUGAGAGAGCCGAUUCUGACUCGGUUUGACUCGGAACGAGUUUACGAGCCGAAAAUGUUAUUGGAGACAAUUUUGCGGCUGAGUUUGACUCGGAUUCUUUUUUUCUCUAUUUCUUUAUUGGUGAGGCGGCGAGUUUUAUUGGUGGUGGCUCGGAGAUGGCCGUGAAAGGUGGGUGAGUCAUUCUACCGAGUCGUCCCGGGUUCGAAUAUUCGUUCAAGGACGUAGUAUGGAAGUAAAUGUUAUUCAAAUUGGUUGUAAAUUUCCAUUAAAUUGGAGAAAUCAUUAUUGUUGGAUAAAUUAUAAUAUUCUAACAAUCAACUUGUAUAUUCCAUUGCAUUGGUAAUUAACAUUAAUCUUGAUUUAUAAAGGGAUGGAGCAAAAGAAAAUAAAAA